AUGGGAAAAGCUGAUAAGAUAUUGGAAGAAACAGCAAAUUCAACAAGCGAGACUAUUCAAGUCAUACAAGAACUCAAUACCGAUAUAAACCUAGGAGGGGCCCCGUCAUGUCCGAGCUCUGUAGGAGACCAUUUCAAAUUAGCUUUAGGAACCGUAGGCACCUUAGGAGAGGCUGUCGGGCCCUUUCUUCCUUUGAUAGCGGCAGUUACUACACUUACAGCUCAAAUUGUGAAAGCUUAUGAAAAUGCUCAGUAUAAUAAGAAAUCAUGCGCAGCUUUGAUCCAAAGGGUACAAGCCGCCGAAGUAGCCGUUCAAGCAUUAAAUCGUCGUAAACAGGAAAAUGAGAAAAAUUUUCGUAAUCAAAAUUAUUAUUUCCAUUUUGAAAGAUUUGUCGCUACUUUGAGAGAUAUUAAGGGUUAUAUUCAAGAUGUAACCAUUUUAUCAGGUUACAGAAAAUUUAUUUCAAGUGGUGCUAUUAAAGAAAGGUUUCAACAAUUGGAAAGAAAGAAAGAUGUUAAUAUUUUACAAGAAGAUAUUGAAGAAAUGACAAAAUUCUUGCAAAAAAUUGAAGGUGGUGUGACAACUAUAGAUAAAAAAAUUAGUAAUGUUCUCGAGCAUAUCUUAACUUUAAAAGGAAAGUCAUUCGAAAAAGAUUUUAAUCCUACUAUCAAACACAUUCAACCAAAUGAAUUAAUAGAUCCACCUAAUAAUCCAACAUCUUCUACACGUAAUAAGCAGGUCAAGAUACAAAAAAAACGUUAUAGGGGUCUAGAUGUGGCAUGUAAAGUAAUCGUCUUUCCUACCGAAGAAAAUAAUAAAUCCGAUUCAAGUAAAUUGGAAACAAAUAGAAUUCACGCGGAAUUAGCAAUCUUAAGUAAUUUAGGAAAAUGUGAUUAUAUUAUUAACUUUUAUGGAUUAAGUCAAAUGAAUGGAAAUACUUUGGGUGUAUUUGGAUGGGCUGAGAAAGGAAAUUUGAGAAAACUUUAUGAGAGAUAUGAUAUUGAUUGGCCUCGAAAAUUAAAAAUUGCUCUGAAUAUUUGUCGUGGAAUUACUUUUCUCCAUGGUUGUCAAAUUUUGCAUCAUGACAUUCGGUGUGAAAACAUAUUAAUGACCGAAACUUCAGAACCGAAAAUUUCGAAUUUUAAAUAUAGUCGUGCUUUACAAGAUGACACUACUAAUAUUGGAAAUAUUACACAAAUCGUCCGUUGGCUAGCUCCCGAGAAAAUGAAUUCAAAGAAAUUGAAUCAGCACAUUAGUGCAGCCAGCAAUCCACAAUCACAACCAUCUAAGAAAGAUGAUGCUAAAAAAGAUAAAAACAAAGAUGAUGAUUAUGUUCCUUAUACCAUUCAAUGUGAAAUAUUUAGUUUUGGAAUGUUACUUUGGGAAUUGGCUUUUCAGAAAUUUCCAUAUAAAGAUUGGGAGAUUUCUCGAAUUCAGGAACAUGUAUUAAAAGGCGAAAGAGAAAUGUUACAUUUUCCUUUAAGUCAAUAUGGUCAAAUUGAAAAGAAAUUUGGCAACAUUAUCAAAGCUGCUUGGCAGCAAGAUCCUUCUCUUCGUCCCGAAUUAAAUUAUUUAUUUAACGAUCUCGAACAGUUAAGUGCUCCUUUGCCUAUACUUUCACCAGGAUUAAUCGCCAAAAAAACUAGUGAAGAAGACAUAAAACCUAUUGAAACAAAGCAUCGAGAAUCAUCAUCUUAUGAAAGUUUUGAUUUGCCAAGUACACCAGAUUUCGAUUUAGAUCAAAUUGUUAUGCCGAUGAUGAAACUUGAAGAUGGAAUAACAGCUCAUAAAAAUGGAGAUAAGAAAAAAGCCUAUGAAUGCUUUAAAAAUCAUUCUGAAAUAGGUAACAAAGUAGCAAAAUAUUGGUUAGGCUAUUAUUAUUGGGAAGGCUAUGUCGUUAAGAAGUCGCCGGGAAAAGGAGCUGAAUUAUUCAAAGAAGCCGCUGAUAAAGGGGUUCCUGAUGCUCAGUUAAGAUAUGCGUUUGCUUUAUCGGAUAAAAACAGUCCACUUACGUUUAAUUUAGUUGAAUUUGUAAAAUAUUUAUCCAUGGCUGCUGAUAAUGGAAAUACUGCUGCUCAAUUUAACUUGGGUGAUUUAUUUUAUAAUGGUAAAUUAGGUGUACCAAAAGAACCACAAAAAGGUUUGAGUUAUUUAAAAUUGGCUGCUAUUAAAGGUCAGCCAAAAGCUCGUGCUAUGCUAGAUAAAUUAGAUAUUAAUUAUUAUGUUCAAGAUGAUGAAUCUGAUUAUAAAUCGUAA